AAAAGUAAGAUACCGGAUCGAUUAACAUCACAAAACCUGGACCACAAUCACAAACUCUCAAGUUCAUCCCAUGAACAUUCAAUCAUAAUAACGAAGUGAGGCUACAGUGUUCAAAAUCCCUUUAUAAUAGCCCCCACCAUGGAACCUAUAGUUUAUCCCAAUCUCAUCAGUUCCAUUCUCUUUGCCUGCCUAGUUUCUGUCCAAUUCCCAAAACCAAAACCAGCCACACAAGCUCAUGGCAACUCCCAAUAACAGACUCUCUCUUGCCAUGGAGAGAACUGGGCAAUGGGUUUUCUCUCAAGACAUACCAACUGAUGUUAUAGUUGAAGUUGGAGAAACCAUUUUCUCUCUGCACAAGUUCAUGCUAGUGGCAAAGAGCAACUACAUAAGAAAACUGAUAUUGGAAUCAAAUGAGGGCGAACUCACCAGAAUCUACCUCUCUGACAUACCAGGAGGCCCUUCAAUCUUCGAGAAAACCGCGAAAUUCUGUUACGGCGUCAACUUCGAGAUAACUGUCCACAACGUCGCCGUUUUGCGAUGCGCCGCGGAGUUCCUCCAGAUGACGGAUCAGUACUGCGAAAACAACCUCGCCAGCCGGACGGAGGAGUUUCUCACGCAGGUCGCGUUCUUCACUCUAACCGGCGCCGUUACGGUGCUCAAGUCCUGCCGCCACCUCCUCCCCUACGCCGAUGAAAUCAACGUUGUGAAACGCUGCGUCGAGGCCGUCAGCGCCAAGGCCUGCAGCGAGGCCAACUUCCCCAGCCGCUCGCCACCGAACUGGUGGACGGAGGAGCUCGCCGUCCUCGACAUCGAUUUCUUCGGCAACGUCAUCGUCGCCAUGAAGCAGCGAGGCGCGAAGCCUCUCACCGUCGCCGCUGCGAUCGUCACCUACACUGAGCGCGCUCUACGUGAUCUCGUCCGCGACCACACCGGCAACGGAAUCCGGUACACAGAUCCCGGCGAUUCCGAUUCCAGAUCCAAACAACGGAAGCUUCUGGAAGCAAUCGUGGAUCUAUUCCCCUCGGAGAAAGCCGCGUUUCCGAUCCACUUCCUCUGCUGCCUCCUCCGCUGCGCGAUCUACCUCCGCGCCUCCGCCACCUGCAAAACCGAGCUCGAGAAGCGGAUCUCGGCGAUUCUCGAGCACGUCACCGUCGACAACCUCCUCGUCCUCUCCUUCACAUACGACGGCGAGAGACUCUUCGAUCUCGAAAGCGUGAGAAGAAUAAUAUCAGAAUUCGUAGAAAAAGAAAAAGGCAACGCGGUUUUCACCACCGCCGAGUUCAAAGAGCCUUGCUCCGCCACGAUGCAGCGGGUCGCGAGGACCGUCGACGCAUACCUCUCCGAGAUCGCCGCCUACGGCGAUCUCAGCAUCUCGAAGUUCAACGGCAUCGCUAUUCUGGUUCCUAAGAAUGCGCGUAAGGUCGACGACGAUAUCUACCGUGCCGUUGAUAUCUAUCUCAAGGCGCAUCCGAAGCUGGAUGAGAUAGAGAGAGAGAAGGUGUGCAGCGUGAUGGAUCCGUUGAAGCUUUCAUACGAGGCGCGUGUGCACGCGUCGCAGAACAAGCGGUUGCCGGUGCAGAUUGUGCUGCACGCGCUUUACUACGACCAGUUGCGGCUGAGGAGCGGGGCGGAGGAGCGUGACGUGGAGCCGGAGAAGAAUCAGCUUCAGAUGGACGUGUCCUUGGUGAGGGAGAACGAAGAGUUAAGAACUGAACUAAUGAAGAUGAAGAUGUACAUUUCGGAUUUGCAGAAUAAGAACACUAAUAAUGACGCGAACCCUCAGGGACAUGGAACGACGUCGUCUGCCACCCCCAAGAAGGCCACGUUCUUCUCUUCCGUGUCUAAGACGCUGGGGAAGUUGAACCCCUUCAGAAACGGGUCCAAGGAUACGACCCAUUUGGAAGAUGCUAGCGUGGAUUUGACCAAGCCCAGAAGGAGAAGGUUCUCUAUGUCUUAGACCAAGUUAGAAUUGAAUUAAAUUAUGAGCAUAUAUUAUGCGAGGUUCAUCAUGGUUUCCUUUUUCAGAAUAUGCAAUUUGUGUUGUGUAUGUACAGAAUUCAUAUAGUUUUCACGGUACGUUUCUUAGGGAUCAUGGAUCAUGCCAAUAUUCAUGAUAUUGGGUGCUCUGAUUCUUGCGAUCUUCUCAUCAUAGUGUGUGAAUUAAUUGUUUAAUACACUGUGUAUAUGUUAUUAAGGAAAAAACUUUUGCAGUCACUUCAUACA